AUGGAUGAGAAGGAGAAGAGCAGCAGGGGCAUUUCGCUCCGCAAAAAGAAGAAGGACCGCCCGAAGAUCAGUGCCCCCAAGCAAAUCAGCGGACCGCUGCCCGAGAACCUUCAAGGCCCGGCCAUUCCAGACGAGUUUCGCCAGAAAGCACAGGCUGCACGAGAGCAAGCUGCUGCUGCUGCCGCCGCCGCCGCUUCAGAAGGGGAGAGUCCUGGGGGCGGACAGCCUCUAAAUGCUCCUCGCGAACGCCCCCAGCCUGCUGCUAGCGGAAAGACCUCGGACCUGGUGAAGAGGAGGUACUCAACGCGCUUCAACCAGCUACCCAACGAAGGUCCCCCCGGCGGCCCCCCGCUCCCCGCCGUGCCUGGGAUUCCCAAACAAUUCGCUCCCCCGCCUCCCGUCGCGGAAGGCAAACCUAUCAGGACAGAUGGACGUGGGAUUAAGGUGGACAUCAAGGCGCUCAGGGAUCCUAGCCUCAGGCCCGAGCAGUACGUCGCGUCGCUGCUUGCUGAUGCUUCGGAAGCCGAUAUCCAGAGAUACCAGGAGGACUUGCGCAAAGUCAAGAACCGCACCUCUUCGGACUUACAACAUAAUGUUUACCAGAACCGUACCCAGUUUAUCAAGAUCAGUAAAGAGGCAGACAAGCUCAAGGGCGAGAUGCGCACCCUUCGCGCGCUCAUGUCUGACUUGACCAGCACAUUGGGCCAGGCCACGUCGUCCAGCUCGUUCAAGUCACCCGAUACCGGAAGCUCGCGCCGGAAUGCCAACCGCAGCUCCGUCGCCAACCUUGAAGCCCUUUGGAACACACACUUGCAGACACUGUGGAAGAGGGUCGAGGGCUCGCAGAAAUUCUUGCCUGCCAUUCCUGGUCGUCAUAUUGUGUACGAGUCGGGACGCUGGGUGGAGCUCAAUGCUGCCACUUGGAAGGUCAGACGAAGGGUGCACCUCAUUCUUCUUAACGACCACUUGCUCGUCGCUGCCGAAAAGAAACGCACCGAUGCCCCACAAAACUCUCGGGAUGCGAAACAGGCGCAGCAGCAUACACAGCUUGUUGCCGUUCGGUGCUGGCCCCUGCAAGAUGUCCAGAUGGUGGAUUUAUCAACCAAAACAAAUGCUGGCCGUGACCAAGGCGAGAAAAAGCGUGCUGCUGACUCGAUCAAUGUUCGCGUCGGAACAGAGUCUUUCACAUUUGCUAAUCCUGGCAGUGAUCAAGUUGAGAAGGCUACUUUGCUGUCGUCAUUCCGGAAGGCCACGGAGGACCUGCGCAAGAAUUUGGAGGCCGAAACUGAAGAAAGAAGCAAGACUAAUGACUCUGUUAACUAUUACGCUACCAGAGAUCUGAGCGUACUCAAGGAGCAAGACUUGCUUGAAGGCCUCGGUGAAAGCGCUUCCCAAAACCGGUCAAGCCUCUUCGUUGAUGUCGAUGGAAAGAGACAGAGCAUUCGGUGGGUUGAGAGCCAACUGGAUGAACUGGACAUUGAUAUUGCGUUGCACCGCUUUGAAGCAGCUGUCGAAAAGGUUGAUCGUCUUCGGCGAAUAUCCAAGAGCAUUAAAGGCAAUCCUCUUGCGCAAGAGAUCUUCCAGCACAAGGGAAAUGAGCGAGCAGCGAAGCUUGCAGGACUCUUGACAAGGCAGCUUCAGGAGACGCACAACUGGCCGACGGCAACGAAGAAGCACGUUGACUGGCUCAUUCAGCUGGGCUUCGAAGACCGGGCCCGGGAAUCCUACCUCGAGGCCCGCAGCGGCAUCAUAAAGAAGCGGAUAAGACAAUGCGUCUUUGAUGGCGACCUCCACCAAUACAUUUUCCAAAUAUCCUUCAUCUACUUCACACUCAUCCGCAACACCGUGGUCACCUACCAGAGCUGCUUCCAGGCCACCAUGAUGUCAGCCUGUGUCAAGUGGGCCAAGGACCACGUAGAGGAUUUCAACAGCAUCCUUUCCCGCCAGCUUAGCACCAUCGACGAGGAGAGCACCAUGUGGGAGGAGUGCAUGGCGCGCGCCAGGGAGCACGGAUCGAUGCUGUCCGAGGUCGGGCUCGACUUCAAGGACCUGGUCGGCAAGGGUGUUAGGCUGAGAGAUUCGGGAAUUGAUCUCUCGACGGGUAGAUCCGCGGAGGAUGGACCGGCGGGAUUGGGAUUGACCACUUGA